CAAAAGACUUUGGAGGCGACCAAGAUGGCGGACUGAGUGGUUGUACAUUUACGUUCUAACAGCAAAUUUAGUAACACAUACCUCAAAUAUUUCUCUUUUUCUUAUCCCACGAAACAGAAGUUGGGUUUGGAGCGAUGGAGUGUUAUCUGAAGGGAACAUUGAAGACGUGACAGAAGAUGGACGACUCCUGCUAUGCUAAGAUGGCGACGUCAUGUGAAAGAGAGUCAGCAACGGAGAUAAAGACGAAAAUCAAAGACGAAGACGUCCAACAGCUGAUUAGUCAGCCAGAAGAACUUCCCCUUCAGCCGCAAUUGGUGAGCUUCACUUUGAAGGAGGAGGAUCUACAGCCCCCACAUAUUAAGGAGGAAGAAGAUGACACACAGCCCCCUUACUUUAAAGAGGAAGCGGAGAAACUCUGGAUCACUCAGGAGGGAGAGUGUCUCCUCGGGCCGGAGGAAGCUGAUCCCACCAAGUUGCCACUGACUGUUGUCUCUGUGAAGACUGAAGACGAUGAAGAGAAACCACUGAUUGGUCAUUUAGAAGAACUUCCAUCUCGGCCACAGGGUGAGUGCUCUGCUUUGAAGCAAGAGCGUCCUUGGCCCCUCCACAUUAAAAAAGAAGAACCGGAGAAACUCCGGAUCACUCAGGAGGGAGAGUGUCUUCUAGGACCACAGGAAGCUGGUCUCACCAAGUUGCCACUGACUGUUGUCUCUGUGAAGACUGAAGAUGAUGAAGAGAAACCACUGAUUGGUCAUUUAGAAGAACUUCCAUCUCGGCCACAGGGUGAGUGGUCUGCUUUGAAGCAAGAGCGUCCUUGGCCCCUCCACAUUAAAAAAGAAGAACCGGAGAAACUCCGGAUCACUCAGGAGGGAGAGUGUCUUCUAGGACCACAGGAAGCUGGUCUCACCAAGUUGCCACUAACUGUUGUCUCUGUGAAGAUGGACGAUGCUAAAGAGAAACCACAACCAGGCGACCUAAUAGCGCCACUAUCAGAUAAUGAGACUGAAGACGACGUUGAAGGAACUUUGAGCAGCGAUACAGACUGUGAAGGUGAUAUGAGGACUCGCACUGACAACAAACACUCUAAAUGCUCUAAAAAGAUAAGAGGUGGAAUUAGUUUCAGCUGCUCUGUUUGUGCUAAAAGUUUUUCUAAUAAGAGCAAUUUGUCUGUGCACAUAAGAACACACACAGGAGAAAAACCAUUUAAUUGUUCAGUUUGUGCCAAAAGCUUUUCUCAAAAGAACCACUUAUCUGAACACAUGACAACACACACAGGAGAAAAAAUAUUUAUUUGUUCGGUUUGUGGGAAAAGGUUUUCUCGUAAGAAAGUUUUGACCGAACACAGAAGAACACAUUCUGGAGAAAAGCCGUUUAAAUGUUCAGUUUGUGGUAAAGGUUUUUCUCAAAAGAGCAAUUUGACCCACCACAGCAGAACACACACAGGAGAAAAAACCUUUAAUUGUUCAGUUUGUGGCAAAACUUUCUCUCUGAAGAGCAAUUUGACUAAACACAUGAAAACACACACAGGAGAAAGACCAUUUAAUUGUACAGAUUGUGGUAAAAGCUUUGCGCAAAAGGGCAAUUUGACUGAACACCGGAAAAUACACAAAGGAGAAAAACCAUUUAAGUGUUCAGAUUGCGGCAAAGGCUUUUUACAAAAGGCCAAUUUGACUGAACACAUGAAAAUACACACGGGAGAGAAACCGUUUAAUUGUUCCGUCUGUGCUAAAAGCUUUUCCAAAAAAAGCACUUUGACCAAACACACCAGAACACACACAGGAAUUGCGGCCGGAUGCAGCAACACAAACACAAACACAACCGGUGUUGCGUUGUUUUUAUUCCCAAAAGAUGACAGCCAAGCUUUACUAUGGAACAGAGAGGUCAAGCGAACACGGUUGUGUUGGACCACACACACCAAGUACAGUGUAUUAUGCAGCGAGCAUUUCGAAAGAUGGUGUUUCGAAGAGGGUCCUUUGCGAAGAGCAGAGAUGGGCAUCGCCACCACCCGUCGACUGGUGCUGAAGAAAGGGGCGGUGCCAACUAUUUUCAACAGACCACGGCCAGGCAUCAGUGGCAGUGUCACUGUCAGAGCUCCCAGUGCCAGCGCUUCCACAAGUUCAGACCACCCCACCCCCUCCACAAGUGGACAGACUGUGCACAUGAGGUCUGCAUUUGCCAAAAGGGAAAGGAAGAGGACAAUAGAUCAGAUCAUGGCCAGUACGACUACGGCAUCAGUGGCGGAUGAACCAAUGGCAAUGGCACUAGAUUUGCCUGAUGAGGAGGGCGAUCAAGAUCAGGGAAAUACAAGAGAACAAGGAUGCCAGACGGACUGGGUAGCGAUUGGGACAGCACCAACGGCAAUGACUAGUAGCAAGAGCACCCAAACAGGGAAAAUACAUCAUAGAUCAAAGGGACACCAGGUGACCCCAGAGAUCCUCCAGAGGGUUAGAGCUCGGCCAGCCGGGGUUAGUGAAGUCCCAUCGUCAAGUGUCGCAGCUCCGUCUGACAGCCCCGACAUAGCAACUCCAGACGUCCAGCAGCUGAUCGGUAAUCCAGAAGAAGUUUCCCCUCAGUUAGGGGGGAGCUCCACUUUGAAGCAGGAGACUCCACAACCACCCUGCAUUAAAAAGGAAGAGGAGGAACUCUGCAUCACUCAGGAGGGAGAGUGUCUUCUAGGACGAGAGGAAGCUGAUUACACCAAGUUUCCACCGAGUAUUCUCUCUGUGAAGACUGAAGAUGAUGAAGAGAAACCACAAGUAGACAACCUCUUAGCUCCACUAUCAGACAGUGAGGCUGAAGAUGAGGUUGAAGUAACUUUGAGCAGCGAUACAGACUUUGACGAUGACAUGAGGACUCACACUGACAACAAACACUCUGAAUGCUCUACAAAGAAGAGAGGUAAAACAUGUUUGAGCUGCUCGGUUUGUGCUGAAAGUUUUACUAAAAAGAGCAGUUUGACUCAACACAUGACAACACACACAGGUGAAAAACCAUUUAAUUGUUCAGUUUGUGGCAACAGCUUUUCUCAAAAUAUCAAGUUGACUCGACACAUGAGAACACACACAGGUGAAAAACCAUUUAAGUGUUCAGUUUGUGGCAAAAGCUUUUCUAUUAAGAGCCUUUUGACUCAACACAUGAGAACACACACAGGUGAAAAACCAUUUAGUUGUUCAGUUUGUGGCAAACGCUUUUCUAUUAAGAGCAAUUUGACUCAACACAUGAGAACACACAAAGGUGAAAAAACAUUUAAGUGUUCAGUUUGCGGCAAAAGCUUUUCUAUUAUGAGCAAUUUGACUCAACACGUGAGAACGCACACAAGUGAAAAAACAUUUAAUUGUCCAGUUUCUGGCAACAGCUUUUCUAAAAAUGACUCUAUGACUAAACACAUGAGAACACACACAGGAGAAAAAGCAUUUAACUGUUCAGUUUGUGGCAAAAGCUUUCGUCAUAACAGCUCUUUGUGUCGACACAUGAUAACACAUGCCGUAGAAAAACCAUUUAGUUGUUCAGUUUGUGGCAAAUGCUUUUCUAUUAAGGGCAGUUUGACUGGACACAUGAGAACACACACAGGUGAAAAAACAUUUAAUUGUUCAGUUUGUGGCUACAGCUUUCGUCAUAGCAGCUCUUUGUGGCGACACAUGAGAACACACGCUGUAGAAAAACCAUUUAGUUGUUCAGUUUGUGGCAAAUGCUUUUCUAUUAAGGGCAGUUUGACUGGACACAUGAGAACACACACAGGUGAAAAAACAUUUAAUUGUUCAGUUUGUGGCAACAGCUUUUCUAAAAAUGACUCUUUGACUCAACACAUGAGAACACACACAGGAGAAAAAGAAUUUAACUGCUCAGUUUGUGGCAAAGGCUUUCGUCAUUACAGCUCUUUGUGGCGACACAUGAGAACACACGCUGUAGAAAAACCAUUUAGUUGUUCAGUGUGCUGUAAAAGGUUCACACAUAAUGCAAAGGCAGUAAAACACACAAGAACACACAAGGGAAAAUAACCAAUUAGCUGUUUAGUUUGUGGUAUGUUGCUCAUAUGUGGUGACAUCCACCCUACCCAGGACCUCGUCACUGCUUCUUUCACAAAUAUCUGAGGUAUUCAUACAAACUUGGAUUAUUUGGAGCAUAAUCUUAUCUACUCAUGACCCCAUGUCUUCUCUUUAUCUGAAACCUUCCUGAACAGUAAGAUAGAUGAUGCUUCAAGUGCUUGGUUACUCCUUCUUCAGUCCAGGGACCUGGGGCCUCAUGUGUCAAGUUUGUGCACGCUCAAAAACCUGCACUACACCCUUUUUCACUGCAAAGUUGAGAUGUAUCAAAACUGACGUUGACGCACAAGUGAUGACUGAUUGAUGUGCAAAUCAGAGACAUAUGAACAAUUAACCCCCAACACCCACAACCCAACCCCCACCUCCCUCGACAUUCGGGCAUAACAGGUUCAAUCCGGCCCGUGAGAUGAGCAUACCUGCCAACUACUCCGGUUUUCCCGUAAUUCGUACGGUUUUCAUCAACCUAUUCCGGGUUACGGUUGCAGUGAUAAAAAAUACGUUUUUUCAUUAAUUAAAAAAAAAAAAGGGUGAAAACUACGCGAAUUGCACCUUGUGCAGACAAGAUUUUUCGAUCGGACACGGAGGAAUUAGCGAUGUAAAAGACCACGUUGGGACAAAAAAACACAAGUCUAAUGCCGUUGCUAGCGAUACAAGUGGAAAACUUUCAACGUUUUUCGUCGCCCAAACAGAUUCUUUGGAUGUGAUAAAUGCCGAAGUUUUAUUUACGGAGGCAAUAAUUGAGCAUGGAUUUCCAAUCGCACUGGCUGAUCACAUGGGACAGUUAAAUGUUUGUAAUGCAACCUUUAAAAAUCAUUACGCGGUGAUCGCGGUCCCAAAAAUAAACUUUUCUUGCAUGAUAAUGUCCAGAAAAACUCGCUUUAUAUUACUAUAGAGUCCUUUUAACGAAUGAGUUUGAUGGUUUAUCACAAACCUUAAAUGAAAGAAGUCCUUUGUUCUCCUGCACCAUGCAUGCGCUUUGGCCUUGCUUCGUGUUUGGUGCGCAAUCCUGUCGGCUGUAUUUCACAGCACGACAUACUGUUAAAAGUGUUUAUACUAUUUAUGCUUUCAAGUCCAAGUUGAAGAAAUCUUGUUAAAUGUUGACAGCAUAACUACCAAAAUACAGAAGUAUGUCCUUAAUAUUUUUGCAGUGCUAUUUCUGUUGAAAAGUUAAAAUGAUUACAUUAGAGAUGUGAUGU